AUAUGCACAUCUACUACCCAAGGAUGAUGAGGCAUUCGAGCAUUAUAAUGCAUUUUCAGCCAAGCGACUUGAUGAGGCUAACAAAAUUGGAAAAAUAAAUCUUGCUGCUACUGGGAAGGAUCUUAUGGAGGACGAGAAGCAAGGAGAUGUCACAACAGAUCUUUUUGCUGCUUUAGACAUGGAACUGAGGCCGUUGCUGAAGAUCUUCGGAGCUUGAAACAAUCAACUUUGGGGUUGCUUAUGGCUUUCUUUCCGUAAUGACUGGUACCAUGCCCAUAUUUUGUUUAAUCGACUCUCAGCUCUUAAUCCUGUUGCACAUGUUCAAAUCUGUAAUGGUUUAUUUAGGCUUAUUGAAAGGUCAAUUGCAUCAGCUUAUGAUAUUGUUCAUCAGAUGCAUUUUCAGACCUCUCCCUCUAGAACGAGUGUUGAUGCCAUGGAUGCAAGUUUGUUAAGCAAUAGGUGCUUUAUAGAUCUUCCCAAAGAACUCUUUCAGAUGCUUGCUACUGCUGGACCAUAUCUCUGCCGGGAUACAUUAUUGUUACAGAAGGUUUGCAGAGUAUUGAGAGGUUACUACAUGUCAGCACUUGAGCUUCUUGGCAAUAUUGAUGCUUCGAAUCAUGAACCUUUUAGUGGUGGAAAUCGAAAUCCUCGUCUGCACCUGAAGGAAGCCAGGACAAGGUUAGAGGAAGCUCUUGGAGCAUGUCUACUUCCUUCGCUACAGUUGAUACCUGCAAACCCAGCAGUGGGGCAGGAGAUUUGGGAAGUGAUGAAUCUACUUCCGUAUGAGGUAAGGUAUCGUCUUUAUGGUGAAUGGGAAAAAGAUGAUGAGCGAAAUCCCAUGUUAUUGGCUGCAAGGCAAACAGCAAAAUUGGACACCAGAAGGAUUUUGAAACGACUUGCAAAGGAAAAUCUAAAGCAGCUGGGUCGGAUGGUUGCGAAACUAGCUCAUGCCAAUCCAAUGACUGUGCUUCGUACAAUUGUUCAUCAGAUUGAGGCAUAUAGGGACAUGAUAACUCCUGUUGUGGAUGCAUUCAAGUACUUGACACAGCUUGAGUAUGACAUUUUGGAAUAUGUCGUGAUUGAGAGAUUGGCACAAGGUGGGCGUGAUAAGUUGAAAGAUGAUGGCCUUAAUUUAUCAGACUGGCUACAAUCUUUGGCUUCAUUUUGGGGUCACCUUUACUGGAAUGGAGAUUGAAUUCAGCAGAAGCAGGAUGAUAGGAGCUGGGGACAUUUUGGGUGUUGCUGACUUUAUUAAUCUGCUAUUUGCAAGGCAGAUAAAUCCCAACAUCUGGGUCUGGUAAUCAGACAGGUGCUGGUCAGUGAAGUUUAGGGGAUCUUGUGACAGAGGGUUGAUGAAGUGUUGUCAGAUUGGAGAGUGAUGCCUAUUGAGUGGGAGGGCCCAUAAGUUAUACAUUGUUUUGUUUAUCCAAUUCGAUAUUCUGGAGGUUAGAAGGAACUCUAUGUACCAAAGAAGAUACAGGGCAUAUACAGGCAGAAGUUAUUUAGGAUGGAAGGAUGAAAUUGUCCUCUAGUGGCUCAAGAAAGAUAAGUGUCAUUUAAUGGAGUUUUUAAGCUGAAGGCAGGAACAUUGGAAAGUGUUACUGUUGAAAUGUCAAAGAACUCAAUUUAUUUGCAAGCUGGAAACUGAUUGUUUUGACUGGUUUUCCGGAGAGUUAUAUGGGAUACUACCCAAAAUUGUUGUGUACAGUCUUCGUAAAGGAAAGAAAGAGUUCCAAGUGUAGAACUGGAUUGGAUUUAGUUGGUGAAGCAAAGUUUUAUGUUCUUGAAUUUUCCAUUGGUUAAGGCUCUGUUCUUGACUGCGAAGCUACAUGAUUUAAUGAUUAAACUGUAAUUGAAAUUUAGGAAUCAUCUUCCUUACUUGCUGUUGUCAAGAAGAGCUUAAAUUUAGGUGGGGAAUUGAAAUUAGAAGGCAGUUGGUUUUUUCAACUAACAAGUUUUAGACAGCAUUCUUUUCUCCUUGGUGCUUCUUCCAGCUAGUGAUGCUUGCAUAUUGUCAUUUGCUGCUGGAAAAUACCAGGAAUUUUGCAUUGUCCUCCAAUUUGAAGUUUGAUUUCUAAUGAAUGCUAUUAGUGAUUCUGAAGAAAAAGAUUAUUCCCGGGGAGAAUCUAUUCCAUCAGAGGAGGUGCAGUUGGCUGCACACCACCUUAGCUGGUUUUGAUGAUGGGUCGGGCUAGUUCAGGGGGUAUGGAUCUUCAUGCUUGUGCAAUGCAAUGCACAGCUGAUAUACUCCUACAAAUGUAAAAAAGAUACUUAGUCAGGUACAUCACCUCAGGAUGUGAGAUAUAAAAUACUGGAUGUUGCAACUUUUGAAGAUGGAGAUGAUAAUAGAAGCUUGAUAUUGCCACUGCAUCUAUUGACUUCCAUUUUUUCAAAGCUCAGGGUUGGUCAGUUAUGCAAUGAAUGGGAAGGUCAUUUUAUUGGAGAGAAGUUUUGGCUUGCUUUGCUCUCUGCAUCUCUCUAUCUGUGUGUCUCUACCUCUGUCUCGUCUCAAUCUCUUUCUCUCUCUGAUAACUACCCCAUGUUGACGACAAGACCAAUUUUCAGUCAAAGUGCGAAAUAUUUACAUUGUCAGUCAGAUAUUCCUGAUGUUAGCAUUAUACUUUUGGUCAGGUGUAAGAAGUAUCCAUCAAUGGAAUUAAGGGGUCUUUUCCAGUACCUUGUGAACAAUUUGAAAAAGGGGCAAGGCAUUGAGCUUGUUCUCCUGCAGGAGCUGAUUCAACAAAUGGCAAAUGUUCAGUACACGGAG